GUUACAUAAGGCUGUGAAUGGUAUAAAUAUGGCAGAUGUUGACUGCAAACCGUGACGAUACAGACAAGAUGAAGCUGGUGGUUCUCGCUCUGUUUGUUGCCGGCGCCUGUGGGUGCGGUGUGCCCACCUUCCAACCUUUGGUGAGCCGUGUGGUUGGAGGAGUGGAUGCCAGACCUCACAGCUGGCCCUGGCAGAUUUCUCUGCAGUACAACAAUGCGGGCGAGUGGAGACACACCUGUGGAGGUACUCUGAUCUCCAACCAGUGGGUCCUCACUGCCGCUCACUGCAUCAGCUCCAGCAGGGAGUACAGAGUGGCCUUGGGAAAGCAGAACCUGAGGGAGACAGAGGAUGGCGAAGCAUUGCUGGGCACCGCCAACAUCAUUGUGCAUGAGAAGUGGAACGCCCUGUUCAUUCGGAAUGACAUUGCCCUGAUCAAACUGCAGUCCCCCGUUGCCUUCUCUGACACUGUUACGGCUUCUUGUCUUCCCACCGACGGCGCCAUCCUCCCCCACAACGAAGCCUGCUACGUCACUGGGUGGGGUCGCGUCUCCACUGGAGGUCCCAUUGCAGACAUCCUGCAGCAGGCUCUGCUGCCCGUGGUGGACUUCGCUACCUGCUCCAGAUAUGACUGGUGGGGCUCUCAGGUGACGGAGAGCAUGGUCUGCGCCGGUGGAGAUGGAGUCGUGUCUGGUUGCAACGGAGACUCUGGCGGUCCUCUGAACUGUCAGAGCAGUAGCGGUGCCUGGGAGGUUCAUGGUAUCGUCAGCUUUGGCUCCGGCCUCAGCUGCAACUUCCCCAGGAAGCCCACCGUGUUCACCAGAGUCAGCGCCUACGGAGACUGGAUCAGCGCUACCAUGGUUGCCUCCUAAGAGAAGAGCCUUUUGGGACCAAAGCAGCUGUGUGCGCAUAUAAAACAAUGAAACUUUGAAAAAUAAAUGUGUAAAAUGGUAAA